GGGUUUCAACCGACUAGCUUUUGCGGCAGUAGCUAGCCAGCUAGUUACUUUUUCAUCGGGGGAAAGGUUGUUGUUUCUAGUCUACCUUCACGCCGCGGAGUUGUUUUGUUAGAAGACAAACGGUUUUCACAGUGUCCAGUCCACGAUGAAUCCCGAAUAUGACUAUUUAUUCAAGCUGCUCUUGAUUGGUGACUCUGGUGUUGGAAAGUCUUGCCUUCUUCUCCGAUUUGCAGAUGACACAUACACAGAAAGCUACAUUAGCACUAUCGGUGUGGACUUUAAAAUAAGAACUAUAGAAUUAGACGGAAAGACCAUCAAACUUCAAAUCUGGGAUACAGCAGGGCAGGAGAGGUUUCGCACAAUCACAUCCAGUUAUUACAGAGGAGCACAUGGCAUUAUUGUAGUCUAUGAUGUUACAGAUCAGGAGUCCUUCAAUAAUGUUAAACAGUGGCUACAGGAGAUUGACCGCUACGCCAGUGAAAAUGUUAACAAGUUAUUGGUUGGCAACAAGUGUGACUUAACAACAAAAAAAGUUGUGGAAUACACAACGGCAAAGGAAUUUGCUGAUUCCCUUGGCAUUCCUUUCUUGGAAACUAGCGCUAAGAACGCCACCAAUGUGGAGCAGGCCUUCAUGACCAUGGCUGCUGAGAUCAAGAAGAGAAUGGGCCCCGGAGCCACAGCUGGAGGCGCUGAGAAGUCUAACGUGAAGAUCCAGAGCACUCCAGUGAAGCCUGCAGCUGGAGGCUGCUGCUGAGGCCCCCUCGACCCCCCUCACCUCGGCACCUGGAUCUUGGAGCAAGAGCCCCCACAAUAGGAGAAAGAAAGGGGGAUAGAUCAUUUAUGGAGCAAGGAGUGAAUAUGGAGAAUAGAAUAAAAGAGAGCGUGAAACGGGCAACAAUUUAAGUUACCCAAGUUGUACUGUAUGUAGCCGCACUACCAAAAACAUUCAAAAAUCUGCUUUUUUCAAACUAAAACUGAUGAGAGGUCUGAGAUUUGGUAACGGUCAGUCCCCUUCACCCCUGCUGUCUGUCAGGGGCUGCUUUUAACCAACCCCACCCCAAAAAAAGGAUGGAUUUCAUUUUCACUCUACGAUUUUAAAUCCUCUGUGUGCAGGUUUCUAAGAAUAAUGUGUGUAUUUAUCUCACUGCAUUCCUACUGCAGGGCUGGUCUGUGGUCAAAAUUCAAUGACAUUUUCUUUUUCUGUCCUUUUCCUUUCUUACUUUGUUCUUACUUGUUGAUUAUUUUACUGUUUAUAUUUGCAUGUGUAGGUUUCUGUCCCCACGGAUUGUUUUGUCGGUCUGUUGAGAUCAACCGGGCAGCGGUGGUUCACAGUCCUACAUCUGUUUAGUGAAAUAUGUGUACAUAUACACUAUGU